AUGUCCAAGGGCACGUGCCGCGUCGUUUCCGCAGGGGUGGAUCUGCGAUCCGUCAAGCUGUGCACUGUCAACGACACCUCCUCCUCGUCAUCGUUGCCAACCUGGUUACCAUCUUCGCCACACACGUUGCAAGCCCCAUCGCAAGCCUCACCACACCCCGCCUCUCGUCCGUUCGCCUCCUCCUCCCCUUACGCCACGCCUUCCCCUCCUCCUUCCUCCUCCCCCAACCACCACUCCUCCGCCCACUCCUCCCCACCCGCCUGUCACGCCUCCUCCCCUUUUUCCUGCCCCUCAGCCUCCGCCUCCGCUUCCCACCCCGCCUCCCCUUCCCCCUCCGCCUCCGCCUCCCCUCCCGCCAACCCCCCCUCCGCCCUCGCGUCCCUCUCCGCGUCGCUCCUCGCGCUCCUCCCGCAACCGCUGCUCUCCGCGCUGCCGCUCUCCCCCUCCGCCACGCGCUGCCACUUCACCUACUACUGGGCGGCUCUCAUCCAGCUCGACCUCAACGUCUCCUUCCACUCGCCGUCCAACACGUGGCGCUCGCUGCGUCAGCACAGGCGCCAGAAAAGUCAACGCGGUCAACACGGUCAAGCGAGUCAACGCAGUCAACGAAGUCAAAGCGGUCAAGAGGAGCAAGGGGAGGAAUGGGAGGAAGGGGAUCAGCAAGGGGCCUUUACAACGAUCCGAACCACAACGGCUCUCCCCGACCCGCUGUCCCUGUCGCUGCCGUCCUCCCAGUGCCGCCCGGACUUCAAUGCCGCGUGGCGGGCCAAAGACAAGUACAAGGUGGCAUCGCUGCACAAAUGCCUGUACGACCCUCGCCACCCCCACAGGGUGCAUCUCCCCCCUCCGCGCUCCAUGCGUCACUGCCCGCCCCCCCCGCGCCAGGGCAUUUUCAUGCACCUCGCUGCUACAGCCAUCACCAAAUGGUUCUUAUCAGACGAGUCCAUAUUCCAGCCGUCCUCCUCGGUGGGCAAGCUCUAUCUGGGUCUCAGCCUGGGCGUGCUGCUGGGAGUGCUGUGCUGCGUGGGCACGCAUGUCUUUGGUCGCAUCGUCGUGGCUCUCGACUGCUUCCAACCCCCAGCUUCCUCCCUUUUCGUCUCUGCGAUUGAGGGCGAUGGAGGUGGUGCUGUCACAGCAGCAGCAAGUUCGGCGGCAGGUUUGGCAACAGGUCCGGGAGUAGGUCCAGGUUUGGCAACAGCUCUGGCACCAGGGCUGGCUGCAGCUCCAGCGGUGGCUCCUCCAGGUUCAGAGGGUUUGGCUGAUAGGGACCAGCAAGUGGCAGCAGUGCCACCACUACCACUCACACCUGCAGCAGCAACAGAGCCAUCAGCCUUGAUAUCAUCGUCAGCAUCAUCAGGAUUAUCGUCCUUAGCAGCCAUGCCAGCACUCUCGACUCCUCUGUCAGUAGAAGCUGGGGCUUCAGGCGAUACCAUCGACAAUGUUAAGGCCAAGAUCCAGGACAAGGAGGGGAUUCCUCCUGACCAGCAGCGUCUGAUUUUCGCUGGCAAGCAACUGGAGGAUGGCCGUACUCUUGCGGACUACAAUAUCCAGAAGGAGUCUACGCUUCAUCUGGUGCUUCGGCUUCGCGGUGGCAUGCAAAUCUUCGUGAAGACUCUUACCGGCAAGACCAUCACCUUGGAGGUUGAGAGCAGCGACACGAUUGACAACGUUAAGGCGAAGAUUCAGGAUAAGGAAGGCAUCCCCCCCGACCAGCAGCGCCUGAUUUUUGCCGGCAAGCAGCUCGAGGACGGACGUACUUUGGCCGACUACAACAUUCAGAAGGAGUCGACCCUGCAUCUGGUGCUUCGCCUCCGCGGUGGCAUGCAGAUCUUCGUGAAGACUCUUACCGGGAAGACGAUUACUCUGGAGGUUGAGAGCAGCGACACCAUCGACAACGUGAAGGCGAAGAUCCAGGAUAAGGAAGGCAUCCCCCCCGACCAGCAGCGCCUGAUUUUCGCCGGCAAGCAGCUCGAGGACGGUCGCACGUUGGCUGACUACAAUAUCCAGAAGGAGUCGACUCUUCAUCUGGUGCUCCGUCUUCGCGGAGGCAUGCAGAUUUUCGUCAAGACCUUGACGGGAAAGACCAUCACUCUGGAGGUUGAGAGCAGCGACACCAUUGACAACGUGAAGGCGAAGAUUCAGGAUAAGGAGGGGAUUCCCCCUGACCAGCAGCGCCUGAUUUUCGCCGGCAAGCAGCUCGAGGAUGGUCGCACUCUGGCUGACUACAACAUCCAGAAGGAGUCGACGCUUCACCUGGUGCUUCGCCUUCGUGGUGGUAUGCAGAUUUUCGUGAAGACCCUCACGGGAAAGACCAUCACGCUCGAGGUUGAGAGCAGCGACACCAUUGACAACGUCAAGGCUAAGAUUCAGGACAAGGAGGGUAUCCCCCCUGACCAGCAGCGUCUGAUCUUCGCAGGCAAGCAGCUCGAGGAUGGUCGCACUUUGGCUGAUUACAACAUCCAGAAGGAGUCCACCCUCCAUCUGGUGCUUCGCCUCCGUGGUGGUCAGUAG